UACUUGGCAGGCAUUUCACCACAUCAAACAAGAAGCCUCCUCCAUUCGUUUGUCUUCGUUUCUGUUGAGUUCCAUCCAAUUUCAUGGCAUCUAGCUACUUCUACACACCAUCUGACCAGGUCUUUGAGUAAGGCUUACUCUGCCCACAUCUAUGAUUUUCGUUCCUUCCACCGAGUUUCCAGUGCAAUGACCAUGAAAUAGUCCCAGAUGCUUCAGCCUUUCUUCCAUGCAAUCUACGCUACCGACUCCCUCUCCUGUUAUAUAUACUUGGCGGAAACAAGAAGCCUUAUUUCAUUUGUUUGUCUCUUUUUCUGUUCAGUUUGGUAUAAUUUCAUGGCAUCUACUUCUAGGCAAUCAGAGAUUGAAAUUACAAAUUCUUUUGAAGGGAUCGCACCAUCUGCAUCUUCUUCUAGGCACCCAGAGCUUGAGAUUCCAAAUGCUUUUGAACAAGUUGUAUCUACUUCUGGUAGAUCCAGAAUGCCAGAGAGAAAGCUGCCAUACGAUGUAUUUAUUAAUCAUCGUGGCCCCGAUGUUAAACACACACUCGCAGCCACUCUGUAUAAAACCCUCACUGGCAUGGGAUUGAGGGUUUUUCUUGAUAAAGAAGAGCUUGAGUUGGGGGAUUUCCUGCCUGCAGAAAUAGAAGAAGCAAUGCGCAGUGCUUCGCUUCACAUAGCUAUACUUUCCCAGAAUUAUGCACAAUCUCCAUGGUGUUUGGCAGAGCUUUCCUUUAUGCUCAAAACGGGCAUCCCCAUUAUUCCUAUUUUCUACCAUGUUGAGCCCGCUGAUGUUCGAUAUGCGACAGGAGUCUAUGCUGAGGCAUUUUCCCGGUAUACAGGAAAGGGUAGAUACACAUUGGAGAAGAUUGAGGAGUGGAAGGAUGCACUAAACAAUGUUUCAUAUAAUGUUGGUGGUAUCAUUCAUAAUGAAGAUGACGAGGGGAGCCUGUUGAAGAAAAUUGUUCGCUGUGUUUUGAAAGUAAUAAAAAAUGUGCCAUUUGUAGUUGCCAACCAUCCAAUUGGUUUAGAUGAAAUUUUAACAGACUUUGAAAGGACAACACUUCAAUCUGCAAGUAGCCAUGACAAUGUGCGAGUUGUGGGAAUAUGGGGUAUGGGUGGCUCUGGGAAGACCACUCUUGCCAAACACUUAUAUAAUCAGAAAUACAAAAUUAUGGAAAAGUCUAGUUUUCUAUUAGAUGUUAGAGAUGCUGCUUCUAAAAGCCUAUUGCAUAAUAAACAAAAAAAACUUUUAGAGGACCUCGGUCUGCAUGGAGUAUCAAUUGAGAACAUAGAAGAAGGGAAGGGGAUUCUUGCUAGCCGUUUGAGAUCUGUUCGAGUGCUCAUUAUUCUGGAUGAUGUGGAUAACCCAGACCAAUUGAAUGCUUUAGUGCCCAAGAAGGAAAGUCUUGGAUGGGGUAGUCUGAUUGUUGUGACCACAAGAGAACUUGAAGUUCUUAGCUCUUGGGGUAUCUCAUUCAUUUAUAAAAUGAAAGCACUAGAUCCAUCUCAUGCCCAGCAACUUUUUUGUUGGCAUGCUUUCUUGCAGUCCUCUCCUCUUCAAGAGUUCAAGGAUUUGGUUGAAAGAUUCCUAAAUGUUUGCAAUGGAUUGCCAUUGUCUUUAAAGGUUUUUGGAGCACAAUUAUAUGGUGUCUCCAAUAAAGACUAUUGGAAGACUUUAUUGCAUAAGAUCUCUAGAAUACUGGACAAAGAUAUCAAAGAUAGACUAAAAAUAAGUUAUGAUGCUCUAGAUUGUGAAGAGAAGCAGAUAUUCUUAGAUACUGCUUGUUUCUUCAUUGGAAUGAAUAAAACUUCAGCCAUUGCAAUUUGGGAUGGAUCAGGGUGGAGUGGCCUGCAUAGUUGGGAAAAGCUUCUGAACAAGUGUCUCGUUGAACUUGACGAUUACAAUGACAUAAGAAUGCACGACCACUUGAGAGAUUUGGGUAGAGAAAUUGCAAAUAAUCAAUCACCCUCCCGUCUCUGGUCUCCCCAACAGAUAGAUCAAUUUAUAAAUGCGGGUAAUGGAGUUCAGGGAAUUUCCAUUCGAGGAGUAAUGGCCACAACAUAUGAAUCCACAAACAAGCUUGAGCAAUUUGCUCGAUGUUCCCAGGGUGGAACGCUCAACACACGCAGAGGAUCCUGUAGCAUGGCACUCCUCUGCAACCUGACACGGUCUUUGCUUGGUGGAAAGCUCAACUCACAGAGAAGAUCUCAUUGCCAAGCACGCUCUUCGCUUGGAUUGAAAAUUUUUCACGUCGAAGGAAAGUUUAAUUUUCAAGUGCUCUGUGAUCUAUCAAGAGAGAUGCUAUGGCUUCGCUUGUACAAUACCGAGCAGAUAAAUCUUCAGUCAUUGUAUUCAUUGGAAAAUUUAAGGGUUUUAGAACUCAGUGAAACACGGCAGGUGAAAAUAUGUCUACGAGAACUAUGGAAGACUGACAACAAUGCUCCUGUGCAAUUGAGAGAAUUGGUUAUUAACAAUUGCUCAAGAUUCCAAGGAUUUCCAAAUUCAAUAGGACGUCUCAAGCAUUUGAAAAUGAUAGUAGUGCAUUCUGGCAACAAAAUGAGGAGCCUGCCGGAAGAAUUUUGUCUUCUUCAAUCGCUGGAGCGCCUGACGUUAACUGCUUGUUUGAGGUUGUCAUUACUGCCCAACAGUUUUGGUAAUUUGAUAAGAUUGGGGCAUCUUGAUUUGUCCCAUUGUGAAAAUCUAUCAUCAUUACCUAGCAGUUUUGGUGAUUUGAGAAAUCUGGGGCAACUUGAUUUGAGGAAUUGUAAAAAUCUGUCAUCACUACCCAGCAGUUUUGGUAAUUUGAAAACUUUGGUGCACCUUGAUUUGUUCCAUUGUGGAAAGCUAUCAUCACUACCUAGUAGUUUUGGUAAUUUGAAGAAUCUGGGGCACCUUGAUUUGUCCUGUUGCAAAGAAUUGAGGAAGUUGCCAGUCUCCUUUAAAGAGCUCAGACUCCUGCAACACCUCGACUUAAGUUAUUGUUUGAGCCUGACCUUAGAGUCUGACAUUAUGGAGAACAUGAUGAAGCUAGAGUAUUUGAAUCUCGAGAAUUGCGAGCAGUUGGAAGAGUUGCCUCGUCAUAUCACAAAUCAGGCUUCCUUGACAGAGCUCAAUUUAACUGGGACAGAGCGGUUAAGGGGGAUACCAGUCAACAUCGGUCAACUGAGCAAGUUACAAAGUUUGCAUAUCUCUAGUAAGUUGUCGAGAAGCCUGCCGACAUCUCUGGGAGAUUUGUCUUCCUUGACUUUUCUUUCAAUUCGUGAUUCUCCCAAGCUGGAAUGUUUACCUGAUUCUCUAGGGUGCCUUAAUCUCUUAAAGUAUUUAUUUAUAGAGUCUUCAGGAGUGAAAUCCUUACCAAAAUCAGUUAGGCAACUAAGUAAUCUUCAAAAUUUGCUUAUAUCGAGUUGUCCAAUCCGCGAAUUGGAUCUCGGGGCAGGGUUGUUUACUUGUUUGAAGAGGAUAGAGCUAUAUAAAACUGAAGUUUCCAAGAUUUCCAUCUCUGAACACUGUUGUCCCGGCCUCAAGACUUUGUUUCUUCAUUCGAAUGACACUUUAAAGAAGAUCGAAGUUCUACCAAAUACACUACAGAGGAUAGUUUUGAUAGGGAACACUGAGUUGGAUGAGCUUCCCAGUUUUGCACAAUCGUCUUUUCUCCGAGAAUUUCAACUCAGAUACUGCUAUGCACUCAAAAAAAUACAAGGUUUGGAACAUUGCAGAGCGUUGGAGGCGCUGAGCAUAGAUACGAGGUGGGAGGAUGUGGGCGUAGAGAGUUUGGAACGCAUGGAAAGAUUGAGAAAAGUGCAUCUCAAGGCAAUGAGCAGAUCAGGUGUUGAAGGUUGCAUUCAAAGUAUGCAGAAAUGUCCAAAAGAACAAGUAAUAGUAUGCACGCGGGCGGUCCCUGAUGCGGUUACACGUCUGAAGUCCUUUGACUUUUCCAAUCUCUUUGUCGUUGACUCCUUUGCUAACCAGAAAAUGAAAAGGAAAAUGAACUCCUUUGGUAACCGGGAAAUGAAGUCCGUCCUGUCCCUCAAAUGGCCCUCCAAUGCUCGCUGCACUCUGCUAUGUUAUGUUGUAAAUCAGGAGUUUUCCCAGACUUCUGAGGGGAUAACCCUUACGCUACCAUUUUUCACCGAAUCUUCUGCAAGUGAAUAUGAUACCGAGUCGGCGACGGGUACAUGUUUUUCUUCUCCAAAUGAAUAUGAUUCGGUGUUGGAGGCGGGUAAAUGGGUAUUGAUGGCAGUCUUACAAUGGCCCUCUACCAGUAGGAUGUAUAGUGAUGCUAAAAUACGCUUAAGUACAAAAGAUCCGUUCCCAAUCAAAGUGGCGAAAGCAUUCCUUGUGACUGGAGAGGAGGAGAGGCUCGUGGAGGCAUUCACCCGUUUAUGGGCGUUGCUAUCAUAUUAAUAUCGUCAACAUUAUUGAUAUACAUGUGAAUUUAAAUAUAUUCCUGUUAAUUUAAAAAGUAUUUUGUUCA